AAGCUGCAACGAAAAACUGUCAACGUCGACCGCCCUCCCCUUCACCCUUCUUCCGAAUCCGAAUCAUCCUUGUCAUAUCGUUAAAGUUAUUACAAUUUUAUAAAUUAUUAAAUUAUUUUAGUUUAUUUUUUGUUACUUUAUAGUUAUUUUUAACAAAAACGUAUCGAUAGAAAAAACAAACAAGUGGUAGGGUUAAACGGUUAACUCUAGACCUCAGGCUUCGGCCUGCGGUCACAACAUCACCGCAACAACAAAAAAAAACAAACGUAAACUGCAAAAUUGUUUGCCAUACUUCCCCCAGUAUAACACAAUUAUUUCACAACAUAUUUUGUUACCUCGCUAUCAUGUCUCAGUGGAACAACACAUACGCUUACAACAACCAGUACCAAGCCUGGAACGGCGACCCGAACGUCCAAUAUGUUAACCAAGCCUACUAUCCCAAUAGACCAGACCAACCUAAUCAGUAUGUGAGCUUUAAUGAGUUUAUUUCUCAAAUGCAAAAUAAUGGUGCCCCAACUGCUAGCAACUAUAACAAUGUGCAAUACGAGAGUUAUCCUACUAGACAAUAUAAUUACCAGAACAUGCCUGCCACCCCACACAAUCCCCAGUUAGACAGCUAUGGAUAUGCAGCAACCGCUACCAACCUAGCUGGCACUGAAGCAUACCCAAUGAAUGUACAAAAUCAAUACAACCCAGUGGCAUCUGAUCCCAGUGCAUACACAAACGCAAUGAUACUCAAAUCUAAUCUCACUCCAACAGCUACUGAAUUUGUGCCAAAAAGUUCUAUGAUGACACCGUCAACAAGCACUCAGAACAUUCCUGAAUCUAGUACUGUACAUGACGACAAUGAAUCUAGAAGUAAUUAUAGUAAUGUUAAUGAAUCUAGGAAUCACUACAGUAGUGGGAAUGAUUCACAAAGUAACUAUUCUAGUAAUAAUGAACCUCGAAAUACCAACAGUAGUUCAUCAGACACUAACUGGAGAGAGAGGUCACAGAACUCCCAGAAAAAUGAAAUCCAUAAAUCUGAAUCAUACCACCGUCCACAAGAGCAUUCUAGGAACCAAGAAUCUAAUGGUCGCUACCGUGAUGGGCAUUAUCGUAAUAAUGAAUCAAACGGUCGAAAUUACGAAUCAAAGGGCCGUAAUCAUGAAUCUAAUAACCGCAAUCAGGACCAAGAAGAUAGGCAAUAUGAAUCAAAUAGCCGCCACCAAGAUUCUAGUAGUCGCAACUAUGAAUCAAAUAAUCGUAAUUAUGAUUCAAGUAACAAAAGGGGCCAAGGAAAAUCUAAUUAUAAGUCAAAGAAUAAAGAUGAUGCUCGUACCUUCUACAAUAGUGCUAUCAGUAAAGACAGUCAAGAUGUGAGAAAUGGCAGAGGAGAAGGUUCAGGCGUAUAUGAAGAUGAUCGUCAGAUAGAAGAGAAUCAAGAUCGAGAUCGAAACAGAAAAGGAAAACAGAAGAGAAGACAAAGAUCGGCUGAAAAAAGAACGACAAGGCCAGCAAGAGCAGGAACGAAAAAGAGAGGAAAGAAAACAGAAAAGAGAAAGAUCAAGAAAUCUGAUAAUGGACCAAGUCCUGCUCGGUCUAAAAGUAAAUACAAUUUUGAUCAAGCGAACAAAGAGAUGACCCAGCGUGAACGCCUCACUGAGCAGUUGGAUAAGGGAACGCUGGAAUGCCUGGUCUGCUGCGACAGGGUCAAGCAGUUUGACCAGGUCUGGUCUUGCAGCAACUGUUACCAUGUGUUACAUCUCAGGUGUAUUAGGAAGUGGGCCAUGAGUAGUAUGGUUGAGGGCAAAUGGCGUUGCCCAGCCUGCCAGAACACGAACGAGGCCAUUCCUACGGAAUACCGCUGCAUGUGCGGGGCUGUGCGAGCGCCUGAGUACCAGCGCGGCGCCGCAGGGGCGCACACCUGUGGUCGUGCCUGUCGCAGGGCAAGGGCCUGUCCGCACCCCUGUACGCUGUUGUGCCAUCCCGGACCCUGUCCGCCGUGUCAGGCUACUGUCGUUAAACAAUGUGGUUGCGGCGCCGAGAGCCGCUCGAUCCUCUGCAGCAGCAAGUUACCUCAAGUGUGCGGGCGUACCUGUGGCCGUACCCUGGAGUGUGGCGUGCAUACCUGUGCUAAAGACUGCCACGAAGGACCCUGCAAUACCUGUACUGAGACUGUCGAACAAGUAUGCUUCUGCCCAGCCGCGAAAUCCCGUUCAGUUCCCUGCACCGCAGAAACGGGCGGCGUCAGUAGCUGGGAGUGCGGCGACGCGUGCGGACGUGUGCUCGCGUGUGGCGCACACGUGUGUCGCGCUAAGUGUCACGCGCCACCCUGUCCUGCUUGCCAGUUGCUCCCGAAACAUGUGAAGACUUGCCCUUGUGGGAAUACGCAGUUGGCGAAAGACUCGCGCAAAUCGUGCACUGAUCCCAUCCCACUGUGUGGUAACAUUUGCGCCAAGCCUCUGAACUGCGGCCCGGCUGGAGACAAACACUUCUGCAAACUAAACUGCCAUGAAGGUCCCUGCCCCGAAUGUCCCGACAAGACGGUGCUACAAUGUCUGUGCGGACACUCCAGCCGCGAGGUGCCGUGCGCCGACCUGCCUGCUAUGUACAACAAUGUUAUGUGCCAAAAGAAGUGUAACAAGAAAUUAUCCUGCGGUCGUCACCGCUGCCGCACGCUGUGCUGCGCGGCGACGUCGCACCGCUGCGGCGUGGUGUGCGGCCGCACGCUGUCCUGCCAGACGCACCGCUGUGAGGAGUUCUGUCACACGGGCCACUGUGCUCCAUGUCCGCGCGUCAGUUUCGAAGAACUUACAUGCGAAUGCGGCGCCGAAGUAAUCCUACCACCAGUCCGCUGUGGAACUAGACCUCCCGCCUGCAGCGCCCCCUGCAUCCGCGAGCGUCCCUGCAAGCAUCCACCCCACCACUCGUGCCACUCCGGCGACUGUCCGCCCUGUGUCGUGCUCACUACCAAGCGCUGCCACGGUGACCAUGAGGAACGCAAAACAAUACCGUGUUCUCAAGAAGAGUUCUCGUGCGGAUUGCCUUGCGGUAAGCCGCUGCCAUGCGGCAAACACACCUGCAUCAAGACCUGUCAUAAAGGACCUUGUGAUACUGGCAAGUGCACCCAACCUUGCAUGGAGAAGCGUCCCAGCUGCGGUCACCCGUGCGCAGCCCCGUGCCACGUGGCGGCCGGCACAGCCUGCCCCAGCACGGCGCCGUGCCGCCGUCCCGUGCGGGCUACCUGCCCCUGUAACCGCAGGCACGCGGAGCGAGCUUGCGCGGAUAAUGCACGGGAUUUAGCCAAAAUGAUGAGUGCUCUAGCGGCCACGAAGAUGUCAGAAGGCGGAUCAGUAGACCUAUCAGAUGUACAACGCCCUGGCAACAUGCUUAAAACUCUAGAAUGCGACGACGAAUGCCGCGUCGAAGCCCGCACCCGUCAACUGGCACUAGCCCUUCAGAUCCGCAACCCCGACGUAUCAGCGAAGCUAGCGCCGCGGUACAGCGAACAUGUUCGAGCUACGGCUGCAAGAGAACCUGCUUUUGCCAACCAGAUACAUGAUAAACUUACUGAGCUGGUUCAGCUUGCUAAGAAGUCGAAACAGAAGACUCGAGCGCACUCGUUCCCGUCGAUGAACUGGCAGAAGCGUCAGUUCAUACACGAGCUGUGUGAACACUUCGGCUGUGAGAGCGUCGCCUACGAUGCCGAGCCUAACAGAAACGUUGUGGCCACUGCUGAUAGAGAGAAGUCUUGGCUGCCAGCAAUGAGUGUAUUGGAGGUGUUGGCACGCGAGGCAGGCAAGCGUCGCGUGCCCGGCCCCGUGCUGCGCGCCCCGCCCGCCGCCUCGCCCGCCGCGCCCGCGCCUUCGCACUCCACACAGCAUGCAGUCACCAAAUCAACAGGCGGCUGGGCGACACUAACGUCCACGAACGCAUGGGCGGCUCGCAGCCAGCCGAAGCCACAACCGGCAGCCGCGCCACCCGCCGAGAAGAUCGACUACUUCGACAACCCGCCUGACAACUAGGCCAAUUAGCUCAAAUUAUAUAGCUUAGUCGUACACUCAGUGCUUAUUAUGUCAAAAUAAUUUACUAUAUUUAUUUAUUGGGAUCAAAAUUCUGGCCAGGCGCCAUUUUUAACUAAUUUGGUCUAUAGAACGUGUGUUGGGACCACGGAUAACAAAUCUAUCUACUACUAUCGGAGAAGUCAUAACGGAAAAUCUUCAAAGAAAAUAGCACGCCGAAAUGCAUGUGUUCGGGAACGUUACUGGCUCCGCCCUCAUACGCCUUCUUCGUAACCCGCUUAAUUUUUCAAAAACCAAAUCGCCAAUUAAUCAAGACCAAUCUGUUCACAGAUAUGUCAAGAUAUCCAAACUUUCGUUCUAGUAACUUAUCGUUUUGGUCACGCCUAUCGCAUGUUACGUGACCUACAAGAAGCCACCUGACCUAUCAUGCUUUAUGGCAUCUCCGCUCAUCUUUCCUUCCUCCAUGGUUGGGACGUUCAAU